AUGCAGCAACGGACACCUGUCCUUAGCAGUGCGCCAUCCAUAUAUAUGUUUGCAUGUGUUUGUGGGCCGCCGCCACCCUACCCACAUAAUCAUGGAAGUCAAACUAAUCCAACGCCUGCAAAACGAGCAAAAGAUGAUGAUACUGAAAUGUCCACGAUUAAUAAUAGAUCAGAGAAAAUACAAAUUAAUACACAAUUCUCACAACAAAAUAAAAAAAUAUUUGGUGCGCAGCAAGAAAAACUUGGACCACAGCUAAACGCUUCAAACUUUCGUCCUCUUAAUAACAGUAUGUCUUCAUCAGCAACGCAUGAAAGUGAUGUUUCACCUGGAAGAAUAAAUACGUAUUUUUCUGAUGCAUCACCAAUUAAAAUUAUUAAAGAAGAAUCAGUUGAUAUGGAACAAAAUGUUUCUUCGAAAAAUGAGGUUUCAUUAGGUCAAUCAAUUAGUACAUGCAGUCAAAACUCUACGGAAUUAAUUGAAGACUUUAACCAAAGUUAUACCGAUGAUAGCAAAAACUAUGUUAAGCAUGAAAGCUCAACACAAAGCACUGAUGAUAGUUAUAUUAUUAAACAGAAGACUAAAAUUGAAUAUGAUAUUAAUCCCGAUACAUCACCAAAAUUCAAUAUACACAUGGAGUCUAAGCAAUUAUGGUCUGCAGUACAGCUUUUACCCGUUCAUGAGCCACCGAACAAUUUUACCGUUUUUUUGAGAAAUGCCCCCCCGCCAACGCCACCGGAUUGUCCCCCACAGAAACUUUCAAGGGAACAACUCUUACCACCAACCCCGUCGGUCCACUUGGAAAAUAAAAAAAAUGCAUUUAGUCCACAGUUGCAGGAGUUUUGUCUAAAGCAUCCUAUUGCAGUUGUACGCGGCUUAGCAGGCGCUCUUAAAUUAGAUUUGGGACUUUUUUCAACUAAAACACUAGUCGAAGCUAACCCGGAUCACAGCGUAGAAGUCAGAACCCAAGUGAACCAGUCUCCUGAUGAAAACUGGGAUAUAUCUCAAGCAAAGAGAGUUUGGGCUUGUAUAUCUCAUCGAUCUCAUACAACUAUAGCAAAAUAUGCUCAGUAUCAGGCAUCAAGCUUUCAAGACAGUUUAAAGGACGAAGGCGACAAAGGCUCAGUUGGAUCGCAAGUGAUGUCGGACUCCGAUUCGAAGGACUCUGUAUCUAAUUCAAAUAUUAAUUUAAAACGCAAAAAAACAAAAAACGGUAGUAAAAUGCUAAGGUUCGGAACCAAUGUUGAUCUUUCUGAUGAACGAAAAUGGAAACCGCAAUUAAGCGAAUUACAAAAAUUACCAGCUUUUGCAAGAGUAAUUUCUGCUGCCAAUAUGUUGUCUCAUGUAGGUCACGUCAUUUUGGGAAUGAACACUGUGCAAUUAUAUAUGAAAGUGCCUGGAAGUAGAACACCUGGGCAUCAAGAAAAUAAUAAUUUUUGCUCAAUUAAUAUUAACAUUGGUCCAGGAGACUGCGAAUGGUUUGCAGUCCCAGAUUCUUAUUGGGGUGGCAUCCACAAUCUUUGUGAAAAAAACAAUAUCAGCUAUUUACACGGCUCGUGGUGGCCUGUUUUAGAAGAUUUAUAUAAAGAAAAUAUUCCAGUCUACCGGUUCAUUCAGAAGCCUGGAGACCUAGUUUGGGUAAAUGCUGGUUGCGUUCACUGGGUACAGUCUGUAGGAUGGUGUAAUAAUAUAGCAUGGAAUGUAGGACCACUAACUGCACGACAGUAUUCUCUUGCCAUUGAGCGUUAUGAGUGGAACAAACUUCAAAGUUUUAAAAGUAUUGUACCUAUGGUGCAUUUAAGCUGGAACUUAGCAAGAAAUAUUAAAGUUUCAGAUGUCAAACUCUUUGAGUUAAUAAAAAUGUGCUUGUGUCAAUCUUUAAAAAACGUUUUUCACAUACAAGAAUUUGUGAAGUCUAAAGGCGUUGAAAUACGAUUUAAUGGGCGUGGAAAAAACGAAGCGUCACACUAUUGCGGACAAUGCGAAGUUGAAGUAUUUAACGUUUUAUUUAUAAGAGAGCAAGAGAAAAGACAUGUGGUCCAUUGUUUACCAUGUGUGUUGAAACUAUCACCAUCAUUACAAGGCAUUGUUUGCUUGGAAGAGUACCGAUUGUCAGAGCUGGAGCAUGUGUACGACUCUUUUACAUUAUAUAGAACCCAAGGACUUGGACAAACACAUUAACUUAACAUAAGUAAAAUUAUAUUCUUAUAUUUUUUCUUACAAUGAACGUUUUGUACACCGAAAAGAAAUUAUUAAAUUUAUAUAGUUCUGAAACAUUUU